UUUAAUGGUUUUACUGGGAUUUAUUUAGUUGGAUCCAACAAGACGCUGAGAAGCGGAACCAUCGCGUUUCUACCAAAACACCCGGAGUUUAUUUAGGAUACACGGGAAGUCACGGAGCUUUUUCCUGUAGAAGCAUUUUAGCCGGUUCAUUUGCAUUAGGUCUUAUUGUUAAAAAUAUCAUCUAGUUUCAGUUUAAUCUGUAUGAGCUAAAAUUUAGCCAUCAAUAUGCUGAUUAAAGUUAAGACACUCACGGGCAAAGAAAUAGAAAUUGACAUCGAGCCUACAGACAAGGUGGAGAGAAUCAAAGAGAGGGUGGAGGAAAAGGAGGGGAUCCCACCACAACAGCAAAGACUCAUUUACAGCGGAAAACAAAUGAAUGAUGAGAAGACUGCUGCUGACUACAAGAUACAGGGAGGAUCUGUCCUGCAUUUAGUUCUGGCUCUCAGAGGAGGGCAAAACCUGCACUAACCCUGCAGUCUGUCCUGUUAGGACUGUAAAUAGUAGAAAUCUGUGUUAUCAUGUGAUAUGUAUCAUCAGCAGAAUUGCCGAGAGGCUCUGCUGUUUAAAGCCAAAAGUGGACAUUUGGCUUUGCAUAAAAAUCACUGUCUAAAUCAUGUUAGUGUGAUCACAGCAGGUUAUGAAUGAGUAAACAUGCAGAUGCAUUCUGAACACUGUUUACAACCUAAAUAUUAGAUCAUGUUGAAGUUUGUUUCUGCCUUUUUCAUUCUGCAGUAUGUGACAGUAUAAAAUUAUGCACAAUUAUGCACUCUAUAAGAGCCCAUGAAGAAAAUUAGUUUGCAUUAUCCCUUGCUAUUUUAAAGAAAUAAAAACUCAACUCAAUCUCCUCAUCCAGCUCUUGAUAGUGUUAUUUUAGUAUUAUUGAGAAACUACUUUAGUUUGUAAUACUUACAUUUUUUUAAAAAUAUGUCUAUACAUUUUUUAUUUUUAUUUUGGUUUUAGUUUAGUACAUCGAGUUACACUAGUUGAUAAGAAAUGUUGCUAUUGCAUCUGGUUCAAAUAAAAUAAGUUUUUUUUUUCAGUUAAAGUUUUUUAUUUUAGGUAAUAAGCAUGUUUUUUUUAAUUGGUUUUAGUUAACUAUAAUAACCAUGUUGUAUUGUAAUAGAAAUGCUCACUAAACCAUCAUCUUCCUACAACUCAUUUCUUGAACGCAGUGCAUUAUACCAUAUAUAUGAUUUAUUGUAUUUUGUUUGGAUGAAAGAGAAAUAAACAAUGGAUAUUUGUGGUUUCACACACA